UGCUUUAUCACUUUGAGCAAGUGUAUUAUUUUGGGAGGCAAGGCAUUCCUCCCCCAAUUCCUAAUCUUAUGAUUAGAGGUCAAUCAGGCCAUUCCUAUUGCUCCACAAGCAUUCCGGAAGUUGCUGCUGUGAAUGAUUCACCUGAUCAGGGUAGUCCAGUGGAGGCAAAUGAUGUUGUUGUUUCUGGAUCAAUUGAUGAGAAAUUUGAUGGUGGGUAUGUAGUUACAAUGACUCUGGGUUCUGAGCAGAUGAAAGGUGUCCUGUUUCAUGUUCCUAACAACGUGUCCAAGAGAAGACACAUCUAGUUUACAUAAAUUGUUAUUUUAUUUGGAGCAAGGGAUUGAAAUCAAAUGAAAUAGAAUGACAUGUUAAUUAAUAUACAACAACAACUAGAAAAUAGUACCAAAAUAAAAAAAAAAUGUAAUUUGUCUCAAUAAGAGAUAAGCAUAAUUGUU